GGUGAGGUCGGAGAGGGCGAGGAUUUGAGGAACAGCAAAUCUCCACUGCACAUUAAUCCUACAAUGAUGCUUUCGUUUCUCAAUUCAUCAGACCCAACGUAUUCUUCUCCAUUGAUCUCUUGCUCCCCUUCUCGUUUGCCUCCCGCAUUUCCGGCCACCGCCUCCGCCGCUGUUGCCGUCGCGGUUAAUUUUAGAGCGGACCCUUCUCUUUCACGUGUUGCCGUCUCCAGUAGCAGCAGAACCAAAUCAAGUAACCUUUUCUCAGAUUCUACCUAUCCUGCUAAACAUUUUCGGUCCAGAUUCAGAAAGUAUUAUUCGAAUUCCGACCCCGCGUUCUCAGAUACUGAUGACAAUGACGAUUACUCUGACGCUUCAGAAUCUGAAACGAUUUUUGAGGAUGAUGGAGGAGUAAGCAUCCAAAUCGAGAAGUUGGGUAACAAUUCUCGCAGAAUUUACUCGAGAAUUGGUAUUGACGCCUCACUUCAGGCUGUGUGGAAUAUCCUGACGGAUUAUGAGAAAUUGGCAGAUUUCAUACCUGGUCUUGCUCUCAGCCAAUUGAUUUUUAAGACUGGCAACCAUGCCCGACUCUUUCAGGUUGGACAGCAAAACUUGGCCUUUGGUUUCAAAUUUAAUGCUAAAGGAACCAUUGAUUGUUAUGAGAACGACCUCGAAAUUCUUCCUUCGGGUAGAAGGCGAGUUAUCAAAUUCAAGAUGAUAGAAGGUGACUUUGCUCUCUUUGAGGGAGAAUGGUCCAUUGAACAGUUUGAUGAAGAUAGACUCGAAGACGAUGGUAACUCGCAAGAUCAAGAUGUAAAUACAAUUCUAUCGUAUAGGGUCGAUGUAAAGCCAAAGCUUAUGUUACCCGUUCGACUUAUUGAGGGUAGGCUUUGUGACGAGAUAAAGCUUAACCUAAUGUGUAUUCGGGAAGAAGCACAUAAAACCAGUUCAACCACCAGCUAAUGGAUUCUUCUCACAUUCAUAUAAUGUAAAUCAUCUCGAUCUCGAUUUAUACUGCGCAAUACCAUAAAUUCCUCCGUUCAAAAUA